UAUAUAAUUUCAGCAAAAUUCAAUCAACAGCAUAUAGCUUAUUGUUUGUUUGGCUUUGAAGCUUACGGAAAUGAUUGGUGUGGCAGGAGUAUUGAAUCCUGUAGAGCUGUGUCUGGUGAACAAAGGAUUUAAGAAGUCAGAGAUGCAUCUUCUUUCUGCAAUCCAAGAGCUAAGGAUGUCGUCUCUCUCAACUGACAGUGAUGGAUCCUCCUCAUUAGCCUCCCUUGAGCUUCAACUUUUUGAAGAUCCCCAACCUCAUGAUACCCAUCCUGUACCAAAGUACACACAAAUGCACAAGAUUCAUCCACACAAAAGAAUGGAUGGCCCAACUCAACCUAAGAUGAAAUCGUUGCCAAAUCCCAGAAAGCAAACUGCCCAUCAGUUUCAGAAAAUUUCUAAAGAGGUUUCCACAACCCCAUCACCAAAACAGGCAUGUUCCUUCAUAGUUAACUAG